AUGUUGAAUAAGUCCACGAAUGUUGUGAUACUCAUUAUUGUGUAUGUUAUAACAAUUAAUCAUUCAGAGUGCAAGGUGAUUGGCACUCAGGAUCAGUACGAGGAGCAGCAGAAGGGACUGUACAGUGCCAGCGAUGAUAUAGUUGUGCUUAAUUCAGACAACUUGAAGACUUCUAUUGGGAAUGGAACAACUGCCUGGUUUGUAGAGUUCUACAACAGCUGGUGUGGACACUGUCACCGAUUUGCACCUACGUGGAAGGCCUUUGCCAAGAGUGUCGUUGGAUGGAGUGACAUUGUCCUGGUGGCAGCUAUUGACUGCUUCACUGACGAGAACAAUGGCCUGUGCCGUAAUUACGAGAUCAUGGGGUAUCCCACCAUCAGGUACUUCUCGAUUAGAGACAAAGGGAUUGGGGUGGAUGUUAAGGCGGCCAUAUCCGAGGAGGAAGUCAGGCAUGGAAUGAUACAAUGGCUCCAGAAGGAUCAGCAAGAGGGGAAGGGCAACAGUUGGCCUAAUAUUGCUCCAUACAGACUUAGCGAUUCUGAGGCCUGGAAACAAGCUUUGCCUCCAAAUGUAAAAUACCACUUCUUCCUCUUCGAGGAUCUCGACUCUUACCUCGGCUCGGAAGUGAUCCUAGACCUUAACACUUUAUCCUCCAUUCAAAUUCGCAGAGUAAGAAAGGACAAUACACUGUUGGCAACCGCGUGCAAAAUCACCACGUUCCCGUCACUCAACGUUAUGGACAGAGAGAAUAACUCAGUGCAAUUGAAACUCCGCGAGCCGACACGCGCGGGAACCGUUAAAGUGAUCAAGAACUUUCUCAAGUCCAAAAACCUCAUCUCAGAACCUGAAAAGCCCCCGAACCCUGAAAGCCGGACAUCAGUCGAUAGUAAAGAUGUCCCAAUCGAAAUAAAACAUUCGGACUUCUCUAAUAAACCCAGCGAAGACAUCCUUUACCAGGCAGACUUGGAGAACGCCCUCAGAUACUCUCUAGAGCGAGAGAUUCCCCUGAAGAAGAUGAUUCAAGGGGAACAGUUUGAGGCCCUGAAAGCCUAUCUGAAAGUUCUCUCCAAGUACUUUCCCUUGCAAAGCGGAAAUUCUGAAUUUCUAAAAAAAAUUUAUGACGUUAUCUCGGAUCGCCCCAGCAUAACCGGUACAAAUUUCAAGGGUCUGGUGACGCUGCACCAGCAGGAGAUGUCCCCAGUGUUCAUUGAAGAGCGAGAGUGGAUCGGUUGCAAAGGUAGCGCACUCCACCUUCGAGGAUAUCCCUGUGGACUAUGGACCCUCUUCCAUACUUUAACUGUUAAUCAUGCUGAGGCCUAUGAGGAUGAGGAACCUGAGAGUCGAUCCGCGGGAAUAGUCCUUAGAGCUAUGUACGGGUACAUCAAGAAUUUCUUCGGUUGCGCCGAUUGUGCAGAUCAUUUUAUUCAGAUGGCCUCUGAGAAGAAUCUGUUCAAUGUAGGCACUGCUGACAAUGCUACUCUGUGGCUCUGGAGCGCCCACAACGAGGUGAAUCAGAGACUUUCUGGAGACCCCAGUGAAGACCCAGCAUUCCCAAAGACACAAUACCCCAGACAGGAGCUUUGUGAGGCCUGUAAAUAUGUAGAUGGCUCUUGGAACCAAGAAGAGGUUCUCAGGUAUCUGAAGAAAAAGUAUGGGCUCACUGGGAUUCACUAUGGACCCAGGGCGGAGCCCAAGUGGGAGCUCAGUAGACCUGGGAGGGAGCCACUCGCUGCUGAGGCCCCCAUCAGAACUGUGGAGAGAAAACCAGGAUGGGAUUUCACGGUUUUUGAUAUUAGCAUUUUGGUUGUGGUCUAUGUGGCUUCUGCUCUUAUUCUUGUGUUAGUUUGCGUGCAAUUCGCUGUCAAGAAAUCGAUGAGGAAGAAAAUGUUUUUACAUACACUGCUCGGGAGGGUUUGAAUUGUGAGCGACAGGGAUGCUAUCUCGGUGGAAAGUGUCAGGAGCAUUUGGAAGUAUAAUUAUCGAAAAUUUCCGUUUUUUGAAGGAUGAGAUGCAUUUUUUUACGUUAGGAGUGGUUUGAGCAUGCAUUUUUGAGUGUAGUUAAUCAUCGGAGUGAAUUUCAUUUGGAAGAUUUGAAACGGCUGCGUUGGAGCAUGGAUAAAACAUUUAGGCUGAAGAAUACGUCAUUAAUUUAUUUUAAUUCAAUUUUCAUAGUUGCUUCGUUGAAUUCUGUUUGAUAAUUAAUGAAAUUUCAUUAAUAACUUAAGAAUAAUUGCCAAAUUUUUAAAGAGUCUCAACCAACAAUUUUCAAUAGCGACGGGAACAAUUGAAUCCAGCUGAGUAAUUGUCUUUAAACUGAACUGCUUCAGGAUGAAAUGACAUUAUUUCUGAGAAUAUCUUCAGUUCUAAAAUUUUUCUGCAUCUUUGGUGUAAAACUCCUUAUUUUCAAAACAGCAAAGAAAUCGGGAAAGAAUUUUUCAUAAUUAUUUCAAAUCAAAAAAAUAUUUGUUUACAUUUGGCUCUGGAUUCUUCAUUUUAAGAUAAUUGUGGCGCGGAAGAUAUCAUUGUACCAUUGAGUUCAAUGAGCUCAGUGAGUGAUAAAUGAAAACAAUUCUUUGCUUCAUAUUUUCUAUUUUCAUGGAAAUAUUAUUGUUGUCGAGAAAAUAUGUACUAUUUGGAAGAAUGGCGUGAGCAUUGCCAAUAAAAAAUGAUACAGUAUUAUUUCGCAUCAUUCAAAUGAUCAUGUGUUUGAAUAGGACAUGUAAUCAAUCAAAAUUUACACCGUACAAAUUGAAAAUCGGUGACUGUAAAUAUUAUGGAUAUAUUGUACAUAUUAAAUGCUGUGAAUUUUGUUAGGACAUAUACCUCGAUGUCCUCAUCCACCGGCAUCGGUUUUAACAUUUAUAUGAUGAUAUUAUCAAUAAAACAAAUUUUAAAUGAAAAA